GAUGUUGAGACAAGGUCUCCCUAUGUAGUUUAGGCUGGCCUUGAACUCACUGUGUAGCCCAGCCCGGGCUCUUAACUCACAGCGAUUCUGCCUCAAUUUCCCAAGUGCUGGGAUCACAAACGUGUGCUACCACACCUGGUGAAACUUUAAUUCUUGUACAUCAUAAAAACUUUACAUUGAAAUAUAUUUACGAUUACUGAAAAGCUUUUAAAAAGCAUUGAAUUCUCACUUCUGUUAAGGUUAACAUUGACCAUGCCAUUAUGCAGUUAUCAAAAGCAAGAAAUUUAUCAGAACAAUACUGAGCAUUUUUAAAUUUUGUUUUAUUUAUUUGGAAUGACCUUUUUGUUUUUUAGGAUCCAAUGUAAGAUCAUCACAUUGCGUUUAGUUGUCUCGGCUACAUCAUGUCUUCCACUUUGUGAUAGUUCCUCAGUAUUUUCCCGUCUUUCAUGAUUUUUGCACUUUUGAAGAGUCCAAAUGGUUUUUUGUAUGAGCAGAGAAGACAGUUUUUGGAAGCAGAAGUGACAGAAUAUUUUUUAGGAUGUUUGAAGAUGAUGAAAAAGUGAAGUUACGCCGCCUUGAACCAGCUAUCCAGAAGUUCACUAAGAUAGUAAUCCCAACAGAUCUGGAGAGGUUGCGAAGGCACCAGAUAAACAUCGAGAAGUAUCAACGCUGUAGAAUCUGGGACAAGUUGCAUGAAGAGCAUAUCAAUGCAGGACGUACAGUUCAGCAACUCCGCUCCAAUAUUCGAGAAAUGGAAAAGCUUUGUCUGAAAGUCCGAAAGGAUGACUUGAUACUUCUGAAGAGAAUGAUAGAUCCUAUUAAAGAAGAAGCAUCAGCAGCAACAGCAGAAUUUCUCCAACUCAAUGUGGAAUCUGUUGAAGAACUUAAGAAACAGUGCAGUGAUGAAGAAACAUUACAGCCUUCUUUAACCAGAUCCAUGACUGUUGGUGGAGCAAUUCACACACCUGAAGCUGACACUGAUUCUCAGAGUUUGACUCAGGUUUAUGCGCUGCCUGAAAUUCCUCGGGAUGAAAACGCUGCAGAAUCAUGGGACACCUUAGCAGCGGACUUAAAUGAACUUAGUCAACUGGUCACUGAUUUCGCUCUCCUAGUGAAUUCUCAGCAGGAGAAGAUUGACAGCAUUGCAGACCACGUCAACACUGCCGCUGUGAAUGUUGAAGAGGGAACCAAGAACUUGGGGAAGGCUGCAAAAUACAAGCUGGCAGCUCUGCCCGUGGCAGGUGCGCUCAUCGGAGGAAUGGUGGGGGGUCCGAUUGGCCUCCUUGUAGGCUUCAAAAUGGUAGGAAUUGCAGCUGCACUUGGUGGUGGGGUGUUAGGCUUCACAGGUGGAAAAUUGAUACAAAGAAGGAAACAGAAAAUGAUGGAGAAGCUCACUUCCAGCUGUCCAGAUCUUCACAGCCAAAGUGACAAAAAGUGCAGUUAGAGACCAGACUUUGGCCUUUCCGGCACCACCAUAGUGACCCUCGUAAACACCUUGCUGCUGGGGACACACUGCCCGCCUGUGGAAUUCUGCAUGUCGGGACAGUGGCUCUGGUGCUCUGAUGUGACGGAACCGUGACGUCGGUUGUAUUUUCUUUUGCUGGGUGUUGGAGAUUUUAGGGAUCGAGAGGCUUAGGAUGUGUAAUUCUCACUGAGUCAAAUUUAAAGACUGCCAAGGAGCAAGUUUUCUGCCCUGAGUGAAAUGUGAAAACUGAGUUUAAAACUUGGUGAAGGACUUAGCAUGUGCCCCUGAAUUGGCGACCUUCGGCCUAAGUGUAUUUACUCAGGCCCCUUGGUGAGGAAAGGGCAGGAGCACAGAGCCUUUCUAUAGAUAGGCCAGGUGCAGGGGACUCCAACAUGGAAUCUGUUUGGUGAACCUGACUGUGGUUGGAGCCAGCUUACAUUGCUUUUAGGUGAGGGAAGUCAUGGUGUAAGGAAGUGGAGAGAGGCCCGUCUCUCUUUCAGAUGUCGUUUGUGACACUGGCUUCUUUGCAGAACUUGUCCCCUGCCUGCCGUAAAGCAGCACUGAUAGCAAGUGGUAGGAGAGUGUGAGGCUGGCCACCUUCUCAACCAUCCAGGGCCUUUGUUUCCCUCCUGUGAACUUUGAAAAGCCUUUUCCGUCUAUGGGGUGAAUCCUACUCACGUAUAAUGAGCACUUUUCUCAUCGUCUGCCUUCCAGUGUUGCUUCCCAUCUCUACCCUUCCUGUAACCUUUAAAGUUUAACAAGGAGGAAAACUUCCAGUGUUUCCAGCAUUGUAAGAGUUGGGUUAAAAAUGAGGGCCCAAAACCAUGAGGCCGCAUCCUGGGGUACUGUCUGGUUUGGAGGGCUUGAUGGGCCCACUGCACAGAGGGCUCUGUCCUGUGUCCUUCUCACCCUGCCUUUUGAGCAAAGAACUUUCUACCUCACUGCUGUUACUUCCACCCCUUCCUUCCCCAGGCUUCUUUAUCUCCUGGACUUUCCACAUUUUCUGUUUCUUCCCCAAAAUGCUGUUUAUGAUUAGCUGACAAAGCCUGGUCCCAACACUCAGUCCCAAUAAAGAAUUUGCGGUGCUCAUACCAACACUGAUACUGAGUGUGGUGCAGCCCAACUCCACGUGUAUCUGAAAGACCACAAGCGGUCUACACGGUAAGAGUAAAGGUCAGAGGCACCCUCCCUCUGCGCCCCUGGCUCUUCGGCAUAGCAAGGAACCAGCCGCCUGUUGGCCUUCCUCUGCUGUCUUCUGUGGGCUGGAGUGGGUUCCUGCACCUCAGGAGGUCUGGGCAGUGCAGGGAAGUCAAGGGUUACCAAUGAGCUGCUCUCUCGCUGAGGUUGCUUUAACUAACUUUGUUUGCUACCUGUCACGUCUGUGGCUCCAUAUGAGACAAAGCACCAUUUCUUACUGGCAAGGAGCAACAAUUACCUACUUCCUUCCAUCUUAACACAAAAGGAGAGCUGAUCCAGUGAGUGCUAGUGGACACACCUAAGGUUGGCAUCACUGUUUUUGUUUCCACGCUGGGUACUGAGCCCAGGGCCUUCACACUGAGCUACAUCUCUGGUCAUUUUUUUUUUUUUACAUUUGGGGACAGGGUCUUGCUGAAUCCCUGAGGUGCCAGGGCUGGGCUCAAACUCAUGACCCUUCUGUUUCAGCUUCCCAGAGUGCUGGAAUUACAGGUGCGGCUACCAUGCUCAGCUUGCUGCCCAUCUUUUCCUAGAUUUUGGUCCUUGCUGUCCCUUUAACAAGUUGUUAAACCUGAGUGAGCUUUUCCAACCUAGUUGGCAGAAAUUGCAAACUUAGGUAUGAUUAUCUCAAGAUUCAUUUCUCUGUCUGUAGUUUCUGGUAGUCUGUCCUGCUUCAUUGCUGUAUAAUGCUCUACUCUGCCAACCCCAAAUUUGUCACACUUUCAACAUAACUUCUUAAAAACACAUGAAGACGUGUAAGCACCUGAAGAAGAGAGAAAGUCCAGUCCUAUAUGUGAAGCAUAUACUCUGGUGCAGAAUUUCUCAUUUUUACUGAGCUAUGUGGGACCCAGUUAUAUGCACUCAGUCUUCAACUUUUACUGCUCGUCAGGACUGGAAUACUAGGCCAGCAGUCUUUAUAAUUCAGCAACCCACAGUCCUUUAAGAAAGUUACCUAGAAACUAUGUCUCAUUUCCCCUAAUAGCCAACUUUUUGUAGAAAUUGCUAAAGUGUUUAAUCAACUAUAAAGGAAAUAGCUAUAAUCUGUAAAGUGCUUAUGUGUAUAAAUUAGUAUGACACUGAGAGCUGAAUUUAAUGCCCUAUAGUGUUAGGUUAAAUUUAUCUUCUUUAUGACUCAUGUCUCAGUUUUACUGCAGUAAGUUAGAAAGGAAGGUUUUAGUAUUUGUAAAGGUUUAUUUGGAUAAAGGUAGCACUUUCUGAGGACUUUUGAUAUCAUCAUCUGAGGUUUUCUUUAUGGAGCAGAGACUGAGUUUUUGGUGUAACCCAUAAAGAAGUACAUUCGUAUGAAAGCAGCGUAUGCAUAAGGAAACCAUAUUUACACUAUCACGUGCAGUGAAUUUUCAUGCUUUCACUGCUUAUAAAAUACACCCAAUUAGCCCACUGUGCUGACUGGUGUGUAUGUGAUUGCAACCCUUACUUUGAAGAAAACAUCCUUACAGUGGAACUGGUGUUUAGUGAAUACACUGCCAGGUAGGGCAGCUGAGCCUCAGAGAAUCAAAUAAUUUGCAGAGGAUGAUUCGAUUGCAAAGGGGAGAAGCCAGGGUGUAACUGGCUUGUCGAACUACAGAAACUGUUCUAAGGCAGCCGUACCCCGUGCUGCCUCUGCAGCGCUGAGCCGCGCCCUCGGUUCUGCCUCCGCAGGCCCCGCAGGCCCCCUCGCUAAGGCCAGCUUUGUGACUUCGCUUUCUGCUUCUCCAGCUUCUGAUUCCUCACCAGGUGUCCAGCAGCCACAUACUUUUUAAUGGUGGCAAUUAAAGAUGUGCAUCGUGGUGGAUUUGAGCCUUACACUGUAAAAUUAAGGUGUUAUUCCAUCACACCCAACCUAUAAAUUAUUUUAUUCAUCGGUUAUAGCCAGCUUAAACAAUGCUUUUUAUACUAAUGAACUUUUCAUGCCUUUUAAAGCAAAUCUGUCAUUAUUCACAGAAUUAAAAUGGUUAUUUCUUUUACAAUGAUGCCCUUUUGGGAACUGUGUAGUCACUGUGCUGGUGGUGGCUUUACUCAGACCUCUCUAAACUGCUUUUGUAAUUGCUCUAAAGAUGGAUGCGGACCACACAGGAAGAGCCAUCUGCAUUUUAGGGAGACCGUACUUCCUUUGUCCUUCUGUCUGCACCUGUCUUCCUCUGGGUUUUAUCUUCCGAUGGCUUAGCUCUCCUACCCCAGCACCUAGGAGCCAGGGACCUAAAGAAGUGAUUAUGCUGGGACUGUGCGGAACUAGCCAGAGCUCCCGAGCAAAGGACACACAGGUUCCACUGAGUCUGAGGAACCCCUAAGUCCAAAAGCCUGCCUACCCACCCGUAAGUGCUCUAAGUUACUUGUAUAGGAGAAAGGAGUAAAUGCUAAUAUUGUUCACAGGAAGCUGAAGAAAGCUGUAAUAUAAAGAUACAGCACUCAGGAUUUCCUACCUGUGAAAGUACAAAAACCAAACCACGCUUCUUGUUCACUUCAGAAAAGCAAGGCAUUUCAUUGGUGCCACAGGGAAUCUUUGGAAGGCAGGACAAAGAAAAGCUUGCAAAAAAGGCUCUGCAGUGAUACAGGAUACUGCCACCAUAAAGGGGUGUGUAGCUCAGCAGUCAGAUGGGCCCUGCCACUCUGGCCAUUCAAGUUCUGUUUGUUUUUAUGACCACUAGCUUUCUGCCAGGUGAUUCUCACUAUUGGUAUUUGUCAGUUUUACACCAUUUCACAGAGAAACUUAUUAUAAACAAACAAUGGUAAAAGUAUAUUUGGCUAUCAAAGAAAUACAUUAUUAUGACAAUGUAUUUGUGUAAUAUUAACAAAACAAAUUGAAAUAAAAAUGUGAAAGCAUUCAAAAGGAAGUGAUUUGCUCCAGAUGACAACUAGUUUGCCAAGAGCUAGAAUUAUAACCAUAGUGCAGUCUCAAAGAAAAUAAAUUCUUCAAAAUAAUCUGUUGUUCCUACAUAUCAAGUUGCCUGGUGACAUUUGUAGUCUUUUCAGCCAAACUUCAACAUUCAAACAGGAAAGAAAUUUUUUCCUAGGGGAAAUUACAUUCAAUUUCUUAACAUUCAAAAUAAUACCAGUCCUGUCGCCUGUACAUCCGAGAGCUGAGUCUGAGGUUCUUGAGCAGUGUGAAUAUUCCAGCCUUAACAUACCAUUGUCCAGCUCCUGUAACUUCACUAGUGAAGAGACAUUCAGUAGUAUUUUUUUCGUAUACUUUGCAAGUAUUUGAAGUCUCCUUGUUUUAAGACGAAUAACUAAGACGUCAACUUGGGUGUCAGUAAUAAAAUCCCCUAAAAGUAUUUUCCAUUUUAUUGUUGAACCUUUGGUGUUGCCAAAGUGCAACACAAGAAAAGGCCCAAUUGUUAAGAAUUCAUCAUUUAUGUUGCUCAGUGGUGCUUUAAAAAGGAAACAUGCAAUAAAAUUUAUCCAACGAA